UUCAUCAGUUCCUCGCUGCCCCUGCCCCCCACGUCACAUUUCUGGAUGGUACAGGCCUUUUUUUUUUUUUUCUAUCGCGAGACUGGAAGCGCGGGGCUUCUGGUUGCCAGGGGAACGGCGUUCUCGGAAGCAGGAGAGCUUUAGAUCCUUAGUUCCUUUCACUUCCCGAGUAGCUGUGGUGGCAGGAAAGACCCCCUCCUCUUUAGGGGACGGUGGGUGACGAGGCGAGUGUCAUUGGUGCGUUUCUGAGCCGACAAUGCUCUGACGACUGGUGACUAGAUCCCUCAGUUUCUGCAGAAUAUCAAUGGAUAUUAUAAAGGGAAACUUAGAUGGAAUUUCAAAACCAGCCUCAAAUUCAAGAACACGCCCUGAGAGCAGAGGUUCAAAUGCUUCUUUGGAGGUGCUCUCCCCGGAGCCAGCAUCCUUCAAGGUCGAUACCGCAAUCAAGUUGAACUUUGUUAAAGAGGGUCAUUCAGAAAGCAGUGAUACAGAGGGAAGUAGAAACAAUAAUGAUGAAAAGGGGGAAAACAACUCUGAGAAAAUAAAAUUAGCUGAAGAGGGGUCAGAUGAAGAUCCGAACUUGGUGCAACAUCAGAUAAUCUCUAAAUGUUCAGAUGAACCUGAAUUAAAAGAAUUAGAUUCUCAACUUCAAGAUGCUAUUCAGAAGAUGAAGAGGCUUGAUAAAAUAUUGUUGAAGAGACAAUAUAGAGAAAAAGAAAUUAAGAAGCAAGGUCUAGAAAUGAGAGUAAAGCUGUGGGACGAACUUAAGUCUGCAAAACAUAGUGAAGCUUUGCCAAAUAAUGAGGAAAUGGAGAAUACAAAAAAGUUUCUAGCUUUGACUGCUGCAUCAGAAGAAACUGUUGAUCCUUCUCAUUAUGAGCCAGAAGACACCUUUUUCUCAGUGUUUCACACUCAAGUCCCUCCAGAAGAAUAUGAAAACCGUACACAGAAUGUCAACCAAGAUUUUACCUAUGAUGUGGAAAGAAAUGAGUCAUUGAUCAAAGCAGAAAAGAAACCUUUCUCAAAUACAGAAAAGAUUGAGCUCAGGGAUAAACACAGCGAGGAUUUUAUUAAGAGAAACAUUGAGUUGGCCAAGAAUUCAGGAAAACCAGUAGUUAUGAUUGACAGAGAGAAGAAAAGGCUGAUUGAACUUUUGAAGGACCUAGAUGAUAGAGAUUCGGGGCUGUCCAGUUCUGAGGGCGAUCAGUCUGGCUGGCUGGUCCCAGGAGAAGGGUACACACUUGCGGGCCCUCAGCAUCAGCAGCUCGCAGAGAUUGAUACAAAACUCCAAGAGCUCUCUGCAGCCUUCUCUACAUCGUCCAGCUUUUCUUCAAGACUUGAAAAUCAGAACAAUCAGAUGCCUGACCUUAAUGGUGGUGAUAGAAAUAUGGAAAUAACUCCAGGAGAAAAGGUACUUCGGAACACCAAAGAGGAACGGGAUCAGCAAAAUCGGCUGAGAGAGAUAGAUGAAAAUCUGAGAAAGAUGAAGGAAAAUGUGUUCGAUUCAACAUCACUUCUUUCUGAGGAACAGUUAAGGUGUCUUCUGGAUGAGUGCAUAUUCCAACAAAAAUCCAUGAUUAGACUUUCUUCAGAAAGAGAAAAGAAAGACAUUGAGGAUAUAGCACCUGAGUUCCCCCAGCUUUCCAGAUCUAUCCUCUCUGAGUUACUAACUGGGUCAGAAACCAAGGUCAGAAGCAUCGAGGUGGAAGACGCAACUAUGCCUGAGAAUGCAAAAUGUGAAACAUUUACAGGCGACUGCCUCACCAAAGCCUUGACUGGGUAUUACACGUCACAAGCUCUUGUCACCGAAGCUGAGAAUAUGGAAGGCCUCCAAUUUUCCAACGAUGACGUUAUUAGUGAUACAAAAGACUAUUUUAUGUCAAAGACUCUUGGCAUUGGAAGACUGAAAAGGCCUUCUUUCUUGGAUGAUCCACUGUAUGGCAUCAAUGUGAGUCUUUCAUCCGAAGACCAACAUCCAGAACUCAGCCCUUUAGAGAAACCAAAAACAGAUGAACAGGAAACUGAAGAUGUGGCAGAAGAAUGUAAAGAAUCUUAGGUAACCACUUGCUGGGGUGUGCUUUAAGAAAGUUGGUAAAUUAAGUGAAAUUAUACUUUUUCCAAUUCUUUGAAUUCAAUGGAUGC